AUGAUACAACAUCACGGUCCAACCUUCCCUGCAUGUGAGGAGGACACAAGUCUUGCCGACAAAUUAGGGUGUUUGGUGUUUGAUAGGUCCAAGGAUGAUGACAAACAGGGGCCGUCUAUAGACGACAAAGCCUUUUUGGCCAUUAUGGAUACAGAGGUCUACCAAGAUAAAGGAAACAGCUGGCUAGCACCUUUACCAUUCCGCGUUCCUAGACGGAGCCUUCCAAGCAACAAGGAGCAAGCUUUGAAACGCCUUUGCUCACUACGAAGAACUCUGGAGAAAAAGCCAAAAAUGAAAGAACACUAUAUCAGGUUCAUGCAAAACAUGCUAGACAAUGAUCAAGCUGAGCCUGCCCCACCUUUAGAAGACCACAGAGAUUAUCUCCUCUACCUUUGGUAUGAGGACAAUGACAUCGACAAGAACGUGGUAGAGUACAGGAUGAAGGUCCAUGUAUUUGGAAACAGCCCUUCACCUGUGAAGUUCUUCAUUGACACUCUAUUAAUACAAUCUUCAGAGACAAUUAACUGCUCCGAACCCACUACAGACGCUCUCUUAAGCUCCCUGAGAGCGAGUAUCUUUGGGAAAACUGAAGUGAGGCCAGUCUAUAAGCUGAAAACUCCUACUAACAUCAGUGUGUGCUUCACUCUAUAUGGGAUUUUAGAUGUGGAUGAGAAAGCACAGGUUUUCAAAACUUUCAUCUGGGUGUAUUUGUUUUGGAAGAUUGAAGGUUUGAGCUGGGAUCCUGUUGAAUGCGGGACAGACAGAAUUUCACUGCCAAGAAAAAAGCUGUGGAUGCCUGAUAUUGUCAUUAAUGAAUUCAUGGAUGAAAAUAGAGUCCCGGACACAUACUACCUCUAUGUCUAUUUUACUGGCCAGGUGAUGGAUGAUUUUCCAUUUCAUGUGAUCAGUUCUUGUAAUCUGGACAUCUACACCUUUCCAUUCGAUAUUCAGAACUGCACUUUCACUUUCAAUUCGUACCAGCACACUGGUAAGGAUAUUCAAUUGUUCUUUCAAGAACCAGUGAAGGACACACUCAAAACAUCUCUAGAUAUAAUGAAAACAAAAGGAGAAUGGGAGCUAGUCGACAUGCUUGCUGAAAAACCUGAGAUACCUCUCCAUGCUUCGAAUAACUCGUUGGAUACACUUGUUUACUAUAUCGUCCUCAGGCGUCGGGCCACUCUGUACAUUGUGAAUCUCCUGAUUCCCAGCUGCUUCCUCAUUACUGUUGAUCUGUUCAGCUUUCUUCUGCCGCCUCAGAGUGUGGAUCGUUCUGCCUUCAAGAUGACCCUCAUCCUGGGAUACACCGUGUUCCUGCUACUAAUGAAUGAUCUGCUGCCCGUCACAGGAAACGCCAUACCUCUCAUAAAUGUAUUUUUCUCUCUCUGUCUGGCUCUGAUGGUGGCGAGUCUUCUGGAGACAAUUGUCAUCACUAAUAUUCUGUGUGGCUCCAGUGGCUAUCCGCCAUUACCUCAGUGGGUCAAGAUUAUUUUCCUCAACUAUCUCGCCAGAAUUGUUUGUUUAAUCAAGAAACCUAGUGACCAAAACUGUGAAGAACACAAAACUGUGACAGAUUACUGUGAACCAAUACGUGAAACUACUCAGAGCAAAGCAAAUAUGAAGAGCUCUCCUUCUCUUCAAGAACUGAGGAAGAUCAGUCAAGACUUACUGUCCAUCCGCCAGCAGGUCGAUAAACAUUUUAAUACCGAUCAGAGUGAAGAGGAGUGGGUGCAUUUCGGUCAAGUUAUUGACCGCUUGCUUUUUGGCGUGUAUGUUGUUUUUCUUACAGUGAGUUUCUUCACUAUAGUGGUCUUUUGGGUGUACUGGUACAAUUUACGUGCAUCUUUGUUAUAAAUAAACCAAAUAAAUCUAUAUAAAAAUGAAAGAUAUUGAGUAUACAGUAUAUGAUAACUGAACCUGUGCAUACAUAUUGCCACUUUGCAAAUGGAAUAAAAUGGCAUAUAAUUGUGUUGAAAUGUGAAAAUGUUCAGCAAAGGUUGGCUUAAGUUCUUUACAUGUAUAUACGUAUAUUAGACAUGAAUAUUAUUUUUCACAACUGAUUAAUCGUUAUUUAUUACAAUGUGGUCUAGAAGUAUGAGACAACAUAGAAAACCUGGGUUUCACAAUCUAAUUUAAACUGGAAAUAAAAGUUGUAGGAGCUGAAAAAAAAAUUAACAAA